AUGGCAGACAGCGGAUAUGAGCCAACAAUCAAGGACGUUAUGAACUGUAUGAGAACUAUAGAUACCAGGUUAGUGGCGAUUGAGCUAAAAUUACAUGCGAUAGACUCUUUAGAGAAGAAAGUAUGUGAUUUUGACAAAGAACUCAAGAAAAUAUGGGUCGCUCUGGAGGAUAGAGUGAAGCGCAUUGACGCGCGCGUGUGUGCUCUAGAAGAAAAGGUGGAGUUAGUGGACGUUGGGGCAACGAUAGUGGCGGACAGGAUAACACAGUUGGAAAAGGAACGUAAUGAGCUCCGGGAUGACGUUGCAUAUUUGAAAUCGCAGUCUAUGCGAAACAACUUAGUUUUCACUAAUAUCCCGGAAGAUAACUCGACAGGAAGUGAGCCGCCCGAAGUCACAGAGCGGAAGCUCCGCAAUCACCUUGAAGAAAAACUCAAAAUUGCUAAAGAAACAGCUGAUGCCAUGCGUUUUGAGCGUGUGCACCGGUCACCAUCACAUCCGGUCCAUGGUAAAGUGCGAAAUAUAAUCGCAAAGUUUACGUUUUUUAAGGACAGGGAAUUAGUAAGAAAACAGUGGAAACAUCUUACAGGUACAAACUACCAAAUGCACGAACAGUUUCCACCGGAAGUGCUAGAGAAACGGCGCAAACUGGUUCCCCACAUGAAAGAUGCCAGAAAGGAGGGUAAACGUGCGUGGAUCGCAUACGAUACCCUGUACGUCGAUGGCAAGCCGGUACGUCCCUAG